AGCAACACGUAUACUGAUUGCGGCUCCACCAAAAGAGCAACAAGUGAUUAACUGUAGAGUAUUAGUUUAAAUUUUGCCGAUUUAAUUCUAUCGUUCAGUCAAGUAUAAAUUAUUUAGUCUAAAUCUUAUUUCUGUGAUUGAAGUUCUUGGAUUAAGAUUUAUUCGCUGACGUCAGCGAAAUAAAAACUUAAAAUGACUGUGAACAAUCAAAACAAUGUCAAAAACCAAAACAUCGUAGACGAAGAAGGCGAAACAUCAAACCAACCAUUGCUGACAACACCAGAAAAUGACCACCAAGAAGCAUCGACCAGCGAGAACCAUGCCCCUGCUCCCUCUGCUCCUCCAUAUUACCUAACCGAGUCCGUGGCUAACAACGCCGUCGCCAAUCAACACGCAAAUCGGUUUAUGCAGUUCUUGGAAAUGGCCCCGAAUGUUACACACUUCUAUUCUGCACUGGUCCCGAUACUCGACGGUUUCUAUAUGCCUGUGCAACCCGCUGAAGAACUGGACUCACUGAUCCCGAUACUCGACGGUUUCCAUAUGCCUGUGCAACCCGCUGAAGAACUGGACUGUAAGUAA